ACAUGACGACUUGAAGGAGAUGCUGGACAGCAACAAGGACUCCCUGAAGCUGGAGGCAAUGAAGCGGAUCGUGGCCAUGAUCGCCCGAGGUAAAAAUGCAUCAGAUCUCUUCCCCGCUGUGGUGAAAAAUGUGGCCUGUAAAAACAUUGAGGUGAAGAAGCUGGUCUAUGUUUACUUGGUGCGUUAUGCUGAGGAGCAACAGGAUCUUGCUCUGCUCUCCAUUUCCACGUUUCAGCGAGGGUUGAAGGAUCCGAACCAGCUGAUCAGAGCCAGCGCUCUGCGAGUCCUCUCCAGCAUCCGAGUCACAAUCAUCGUCCCCAUAAUGAUGCUGGCCAUCAAAGAGGCUGCUUCUGACAUGUCUCCAUACGUCAGGAAGACAGCUGCUCAUGCAAUUCCUAAACUCUACAGUUUGGAUCCAGAACAGAAGGACCAGCUGAUUGAAGUCAUAGAGAAACUCCUCGCUGACAAAACCACGUUGGUGGCAGGAAGCGUUGUCAUGGCUUUUGAGGAGGUGUGUCCGGAGCGCAUCGACCUGAUCCACAAGAACUACAGGAAGCUGUGUAACCUCCUGAUCGACGUGGAGGAGUGGGGGCAGGUCGUCAUCAUCAACAUGCUGACCCGCUACGCCAGGACCCAGUUCCUCAACCCAAAUAUCAAUGAGUCUCUGCUGGAGGAGGGAGGCGCCGGGGACAAGACCUUCUACGGUUCAGAUGAAGAUGAGGACGAGGAUGAUGAGGAGAAAGAGAAGAAGCCUGAGGCUCCUGCCAUGGCCAAGAGGAAGCCUUACGUGAUGGAUCCUGACCACCGGCUGCUGCUGAGGAACACCAAGCCGCUCCUGCAAAGCCGCAACGCAGCUGUGGUGAUGGCUGUGGCUCAGCUGUAUUUCCAUCUUGCUCCAAAAGCGGAGGUUGGGGUGAUCGCCAAAGCCCUGGUCCGUCUCCUGAGGAGCCACAGUGAAGUCCAGUAUGUUGUUCUUCAGAAUGUGGCAACGAUGACGAUUAAGAGAAGGGGGAUGUUUGAACCGUACCUGAAGAGUUUCUACAUCCGCUCUACAGACCCAACCCAGAUAAAAGUCCUUAAGCUGGAGGUUCUUACCAAUCUGGCCAAUGAGACGAACAUCUCCACCAUUCUCAGAGAGUUUCAGACAUACAUUAAGAGCAUGGAUAAGGACUUUGUGGCUGCAACAAUCCAAGCCAUUGGCCGCUGUGCUACCAACAUCGGAGAGGUGAGGGACACGUGUCUGAACGGCCUGGUGCAGCUGCUGUCCAACCGAGACGAGUUGGUCGUUGCUGAGUCUGUGGUGGUUAUUAAGAAGCUGCUGCAGAUGCAACCGGAGAAGCACAGCGACAUCAUAAAGCACAUGGCGAAACUAACAGACAACAUCCAGGUGCCGAUGGCGCGGGCCAGCAUCCUGUGGCUAAUUGGAGAAUACUGUGAGCAUGUACCAAAGAUCGCCCCGGAUGUCCUGAGGAAGAUGGCCAAGUCGUUCACUAACGAGGAGGACAUCGUCAAGCUACAAAUCAUCAAUUUGGCCGCCAAGCUUUAUCUAACCAACUCCAAACAGACCAAACUGUUGACGCAGUACGUUCUCAACUUGGCCAAGUACGACCAGAACUAUGACAUCCGCGAUCGGGCGCGCUUUAUUCGCCAGCUCAUCGUGCCCACCGAGAAGAGUGGAGCACUCAGCAAGUACGCUAAGAAACUGUUCCUCGCCCUCAAACCUGCACCAAUCCUCGAGUCUCCAUUUAAAGAUCGAGACCACUUCCAGUUGGGUUCAUUGUCCCACUUGCUGAAUGCCAAGGCUGGCGGCUACCAGGAGUUGCCUGACUGGCCUGAAGCUGCCCCUGACCCCUCCGUGCGCAACGUGGAGGUGAAGGAGUCUGUAGAGGAAGUCAUAACCACCAGCGAGGGGCGGCUCGGCUUGCUAGGAGACUGGCGAGAGGUUUUUACGCUGCUUGAAAGAGUCACAACAUUAACGAGUGUGCCCGAAUGGACCAAAUGCAGCAGCCGGGAGAAGAGGAAGGAGAAGAAGGUGGAGAAGCCGUUCUACUCCGACUCGGAGGGCGAGUCUGGGCCGACGGAGUCAGCUGACAGUGAGUCGGACUCUGCCAGCGGCUCGGAAAGCGGCAGCGGCAGCGAGGAGAGCGGGUCGGCAUCAGAGAGCGAGGAGAGUGAGGAAGGCUCUGAGUCCGAGGAAGAGGAGGAGGAGGAGGAGGAGGAAAAGGACAAGAAGAAGAAAAAGAAAGAAUUAAAGAAGCCGGUGCAAGAAAGCGAAAGCGAGCAGAGCAGUGAAGAAGAGGAGAGGAAGCACGAGAGGAAGAGUAAACAACGUAAGAGCGACUCGGAGUCUGAAUCUGACGAGGACGAGGAGAGCGAGUCUGAAAGCAGCCAGUCAGAGUCUGAGGAGGAGUCUGAGUCGGAGGCAGAGGUCAAAAAGAAAAAAAAGGCAGCUGAAUCUAAACCUCCCUCUAAGCCCGUCAAGAAGGAGAGCAAGAAAGAGAAGAAAGAAAUGUCUCUGCUCGACCUCGACGAUUUUGAACCCACUCCUUCUCCUCAAGUCACACCCGUCAACACCUUCCUGUCCAACAGCCUCGUGACCGACCUCGAGGGAUUGUCUUUGUCUGACGCUGUUCUCUCUCCGGCUACCAUCGCCCCCUCCAGCGCACUGAAGAGCUACGAGCUGCUGCACCGGAUCACGGGGGAGGGCCUGUCGGUGGAGUACUGCUUCAGCCGGCAGCCGUUCAGCCCCGACGCCAACAUGGUGGCGGUGCAGAUGCAGUUCACCAACAACGCCACCUCCGACACCAAGAACCUGCACAUGGAGGACGUGAAGCUGCAGUCUGGGAUGAGGGUCAAAGAGUUUCCUGAGAUUGAGCUGCUGCCUGCAGGUGAGACGGCCGCGGCUGUGAUGGGCAUCGAUUUCUGUGACUCGACGCAGGCGGCAAACUUCCAGCUGUGCACUCACACCAGGAAAUUCUUCGUGUCAAUUCAGCCGCCGGUUGGGGAGCUGAUGAGGCCGGUCUUCCUGACAGAGAACGAGUUUAAAAAGGAGCAAGGUCAGCUGAUGGGUAUGAACGAGAUCACGGAGAAGCUAACCCUGGACGUCAAGUGCCGGAACGAACACGCCAUCGUCCAGAGGGUGACCACCGCCGCCAACCUCAGCAGAGUCCCCUGUGGUUCAGAUAAAGAGUGCAGGUUCGCAGGCAGGACGGUGACCAGCGGCAGCUUGGUGUUGGUCACCGUGGCGACCAAAGAGGAAGGAGCCGCCCAGCUGACGGUCAACUGUGAGAAGAUGGUGAUCGGCACCAUGCUGGUGAAGGACAUCCUCCUGGCGUUGACGCAGUGACGCGUGCCGGCGCUCGGCCUUUUUGCCCCCCGCCCCCUCACACCGACACGCCUCUCACGUAUCGUCCAAAACACAUCACACGUGUAGCAUCUCCUCUGUUUGUCCUGUAAGCAGCGAGGAAGAUUCCAGAAUGUUUAAUUCCAGUUUGUUGUGUGGUUCAAGAGCCCUCUACUUUUAGAAAUUACUCCCAAAUCCACUGAAUGUCACAGCUGUACUUGAUAUUUUUGACAAUCAGACAUGACUGAUGUUGACCCUGAUAUGAAAUCCCUCUUCCUCUUUUAAAUUUUCUUACGUCUUCACUCAUUUUGCGACACCUUCUCCUUCCCUGAGGAGCUAGUUGGAUUCAUUAGACGUCAAUUUCUGAGUCAACUAAAAACAGAGAUUUCUGCAUCUUUUAAGUGCACAAAACCUUAAAUUUUCUUCCAGCUACUAUUUUUGAAACUUUCAACUACAUCUGGUGGCCUUUCUGUGUGGCAAAGCAACAACAAUUAAAAGUGCUUUACAUAAGACAUAAAAAGGCAUUAAUUAAGACCAGAUAUAAAAGAAACAUAAUAUAAAAAGACACAAAUAGGAUUAAAAAGAUAAAAAAUAAGUUAAAACAGGGGAAUUAACAGUGCAGCUAAAGUCAUAAGAUAUGAAUGAGGAGCUGAGAGCUGGAACAGUUUGCUCCAGAUGUGCGGUGCAUAAAAAGUGGACGCUGUUCAGUUUUGACUCUGAGAACGAAAAGAAAGCCGGAGAAGUCUGGACGGUUCAUUAUGUGGCAGCAGAUCAGAGAUGACUGCUGGAAACAAGGAAUCAGCUGCCUGCUGUCUUCAACUGGUCAUUGAUGAUCAGAGAAAGAUAAAGGCGGCCAUUCACACCUGCCAUACUUAGGUGACCCGAUAACAGCUGCACAAAGUCCAUCUGCUGAGGAAGGCCACGAGACGCUUGACGGUUGAAUGUUUCGAAAACACAAAGUUAGUGAAACAAAAGGAGGUGUUCCUCUCACACUAUUCUGAGAAAACAAAUCUAAAACGACCCCAUUUCACUAAUAAAAUGUAGUAUUUUUCUGCUAGACAUUAGUUAGAAAUAAGGUGUCCAAGAAGGUACUCCUAACUCUGUGGAUACACAUAUCUUUUCAUUUUCAGCUCGUUAGUUAUUAGCUCUUAGAGUAUUUUAAUAUGUAGAUAAUAUAAGUAAUAGAUUAUGUAGUGUAGGCACAAACUCCUCCAAAACACGUCGCCACUAAAAACACAGACUGUAAGAUCAGUCAAAUCAAUCCUCGCCCAGUUAGUCGACAUUUGUCAUUACUUGAAUGUAGCACGAAGGCUCGACUGAGACAACAACUACCUACAAUUGAAUCAUUCCGUUUUGGCACAAUAAUUAAUGAAUAACUCAGCUCUCUCUGGGAAUACAGAAGGAUUUUCAUCUCAAAUUCUACGAUUUUAGCGUUUGCUGAGCUGUCAGUGCACAUGUUCAUUAUGAUAAGUGGGGCAUUUCUAACAAAAGCUGAAGAUGUAUAAAUGUUAUCGUAUGUAUUGCAACAUGUGAUACAGUAUAAGUAAGGUGUGGUGUGUUUGAGUGUGUGUGAGUGUGUGUGUGUGAUGGCAGUGAAUAUCGACCUGGCGAACAUCAGCUGUUUUCACAAUGAUUCAAACUCACACUUGACUUGAAAUCAUCAUGGAGCACGUUUUAAUUAUCGCUGGACUUUGAUUUGCCCGUCUUAUAUUUAAUUACAGAAUUAUGAUUGUGCCUCACACAUAUCUGAUGCAAAUGUUCUGGCAGAAUUGCAGAUUGUAGAAAAAUCUUAAAGUGAAACAAAUCCGCUAGACAUUAAUCAAGACUUCAACUAACGAUUAUUGUCAUUACUGAAUAAUCCGCAAAUUAUUCUCAAUUUAUCGUUGGUCAGUGAAAUGUCAGAAAAUGCCAAUUUCUUCUCCAAAACCCCAACAUUUUCUGUUUAAAACCAUAGAAAACUUAAAUUUAAAAAUUCCUGCGUACUUUUUUUCAUUUUCGCUUGAAAAACUGAUCCAAAUUUUCCAUCGAUCGACUGAUCAUUGUACCUCGACCAAACUCAUGUUGAAACUUUGCCCUUACAACAACCUUUAAAGGAUUUUUAAAUAAAUAAUUCAACAUUCCGUCGAGCUAAUUAGCUUAUUAGCUUUGUUGUCGAGAGCUAGCUGUGUGAGAAGACCGAUACCGCUCACGUCUGUACCGUACGCUAACGUCACGAGAGGAUUAGCUUAGUUUAGCUAGCCUGGCUGUGUCCAAACGCAACAAGAGAACACAAUUUGUUGUUUUCACUCUUUGUUUUUUGUACAGAUUAAACAAACAAGACAUAAGGUGUUAAUUGGUGAGCUUUAGUGCUAGCUUUAGUGCUAGCAGGCAGAUUACUUUUGAACAGGACCAGGCUAGCUGUUUCCCUGUUCCCCGUCUUUGUGUUAAGCUAAAGGUGUGCUGCUUUAGCUAACUUACGUGUUCACCACGAAGACACGUGAGCGGUAUCGAUCUUCUCUGCUAACGUUUGGCAAAACCCAAAAAUGAUUAACUUCUCAUAUAAUUAAAAAGUAGCUUUCAAUGCUAAAACACCCACUGUAAACACGCUCACAGCUUAUAUUUACUGCUAAACAAACUUUCACUCAAAUAUGAUUUCUGCUUGUGUAAAUGUAGCAUUUAGUUUAUGAGAAUAAAUUACAGAACCUAUAGAUUAUAACUGAAAUACUGCUUAUGAUAAUGUCAAACAUUGUCCCGUGUUUCUUCAUCUCCUUUGGCAGGCGACGCUGCUUUCAUGCCUUUUAUUUUGGUUUCAGGUCAGAGGUCAUGUGGCCUCUCUUUUGUUACGGACCCUCAUGUGUCCUGCAGCUGCACGUUUCUUAUCACUUUAUCAGUGUAUUUAUUUAUUUAUUCAUGUUUUCUUUGCUGUUUGAAAUGGGACAGCUGUGUUUUACCAAAGGAGCGCAGUCAGACUUCUUCUUGCAGUAGAAAACUGAGCAGCAGCAGUGGACGAUUUUAUUUUGGCCUUUUUGUACCUGUUGUUUACUGUUGAACCACUCACACCUGAAAUUUCCAGUCACUGCAGAGGUCACGAUGAAGAAUGUAAAGAGUGAGAAAUUCGACAUUUACCGUAAAAAGAAAUCGACUGAAAAAGAGACUGCUCUCACAAAUCAUAAUUCACGUCUGGCGAUUUGUUUUAUCUGCAUCGGCUUUCAAAUAUCCAAAGUAUGGUUUAUCGAACUCUGUGUGUGUG